AUAGCUAUAGUAAAUCAAUCACAAGGCAAAAUUUCAUUAAAAAAUUUCCAAUGGCACUAGUAAAAUUGACUAUGGGUCUUGUUUUUGUUACAUUAACUUUGCUCUGUGCAGGUGUUACGGCACAAUCAAAUUGCACGGAUGCGUUAAUGAGUUUGAUGCCAUGCCUAGGCUACGUCAGGGGGAACUCACCAACACCAACUGCAGGGUGCUGCACACAACUUGCUAAUGUUGUGAAAUCACAACCAGAAUGCCUCUGCCUGAUUAUUGGCAGCGAUUUAGGAUCAUCACUAGGGAUCAACAAAACUCUAGCUCUUGCCUUACCUGCCGCUUGCAAUGUGGAGACCCCACCCGUCAGUCAAUGCGAAACAGUAGCCAAUCCACCAGCUGGAUCCAGAACCGUGCCACCAACAGCUGGUGGCUCGUCGGGGGUAAAUUCUGAUAGCAAGAUGGGGCAACCUGAACCAAGGAGGAAGAUCCAUAAGCCAUUUUGGCUAAAGGAUUUCCAUUUAAAAUAAACCAAGUAUCUUUAUGUUGUCUUUUUAGUGGACUCUUUAGCAAUCAAGUGGCCAAGGCCCAUAUGUAAUAAGACUAUGGCCCAUAUGAAGGGUAAACUUAAGUAUUUAAAGGAUGUAACUUCUCACUCACAUGUGUGGUAAUGAUAAACCUAGUGCAUUUUUAUUUGGUUAAA